CGCAGCCACAAUCGACUCCCAGAUUCCGCUGAAAGUUCCUCUCGCCGUCGCCGUGCAUUUAUUCAUUACGUUAGGUCACGCAGAAUUGGCGCCAAAACUCGGGCUUACGUUCCAAUCGUUGAAUUCGUCAUGACGUUUUAAUUCUUUAAAUUUAUGACUAUUUAUGACUGAACUUGAUACUGAAACGACUCAUAAGCUGUAGUGUUAAAAAUUAGAAAAACAUCCAGUGGUUCCGAGCACCCAUCAAACGACGAUGGUCCGACGAAAAUCCUCACCAAGAUCCAGACCUGAGGGACCAAGAAAAGACAAGACAACUGUGGUAGUGCACAAAAGACAAAGGAAAAAUCGAGUAUUAAAGGAAAUUAAACGUUUAAGAAGAACCACAGGCUUUCUCAUUCCUAAACUUCCCUUUGCACGUUUAGUCAGAGAAAUUAUCCUCGACUUAUUUCCCAGACAGGAAAUUCUCAGAAUACAAGCCACUGCUCUCGAAGCCUUACAAGAAGCAUCAGAGAUGUACAUCGUGCAAUUCUUCGAAGAUACAGUAUUGCUAGCGAUGCACGCUAAACGGGUCACUGUUAUGCGAAAUGAUAUGAUUCUAAUGCGCAGGCUAAGGGGCCGCGACGAUAUCAUCAACAGAUAAGAAUUUCAUUUUAUGUAAGUGAUAAAGGAAUGUUUUAAAUAUCAUAAAACAUGCUUUUAAAAUUAUUUUUUUUUAAAUUAAAAGAAAGUUUUUUUUCUGGGCUUAAGAAAUGGACAGUAAAAGAUAUUUAUUACUCUUUUAUAAAAUAUUAAUUCAGAUUUGUGAAAAGAGAAUUUUUUAUAAAACUGUGUCGAUGUUAUUACAGAUAGGAAUCUCUUAUAUUUAAUCAUUAAUUUAACAUAUAUACUUUAAAUAUAAAAUAUAGAAUAUGUUAUUUUUCAAUUGUGAUUCAGGGAUACGUGACAAAACAAUAAUCUCGUUGUACUUUACAAGAUAAUCACAAGUUAAACAAAAUCUAAACGAAUUGGAAAAAGUGUACGUAACUUUAAGACUUACACAAAUUGGUGAUGUCGAAAUGUAUCAUAUGAAUAUUUACUUAGGUAUAGAAAUUUGAUGUGCCUUUACAUUUAAUCAAUUAUAAAUUCAUUAAAUUUAAAUAUUUUUUCGUGAUUUAAAAAUUUUGAAGUACUACUUUAACAUUGUAAAAAAAAUACGUAUUUUUAUAACUUUUUAUAAAUAUGUAUUAUUUUUUUAACUAAAAGAAUAACGAACAAAAAAUAAUUUUUUCAUGCACCUUUUUCCUGGGAGUAUUGAGGAAAGCUGAAGAUAAGAUAGGAUUUUGUUUCGCUAAAUAACAUUUAUUUCUGCGAAACAUUUCAAACAUUUCGAUAAAAUUCGUAACUUUACGAAACUUUGGUAAAAUAUACAGUUUUGCGAAUCUCUUAAACUACGAAUAUCGAAGCGUUGCCAUUUCGACUCCCGGCGAGAGUGUCGGCAAUUGGUACGAUAAAAACAGUGUUAAAUAGUAAAAUAUCACGCGACCUGGAAAACAGUCACGGCUAUGUAUCAGGUGUUCGGUUUUGAGCGCGGAUUUUUACAUAACGACAUUCCUUAUUAAAAGUUGACACAAUUCUAUUUUCCUCGAUAAAAAUAUACACGAAUAAUUCAUGAUUGAUGAAAAAUGUAUGGAUUUUAGGAUAAAAAAAAAUAGAAAUCCUGUAAAUUUUUUGGUUAAUUUUAGAAGCAUUUCAUUUCUCUUGAUUUGAAAUAUAAUCAUCAAGACAUUUAACUUUAAGAUUCUAGGUGCUAUAAAGAUCGUACUUUGACAUACAUUGUCACUGAAAAUCUAUAGUCACAUUAUAUACUUUAGAUUUUUAAUACUGAUAAUAUAUAUCAAAAUACGACCAAAAAAGAACGUUAUGUUUAUGUAGUAAUAGUAGUAUAAUAAUAAACGAGUGGAACUGUAUCAGUUUGACAUCAUGUAGCUGUAAAACGUUCCUCCCUAACUAAAACCGUUUUUUUUUUUUUUUAGAUUUAAUACAGAAAGCCUGAUUUCUAAAUUUACACAGCUCCCAGGUUUUUUUUAGGCUUGACGUAGUUGCAAGUUUUUUAGUUUCUUGGGCUUGAUAAUAUAGUGUCUCAAAUUUCCUUGGCAUAGGCUCCAAAAAAUAUAUGUAAGGUCUUAUACAUAUAUCUUGUAAGGCAAAAAUACUCUCGGUGGUUUAUCGUUACCUUCCGUGGACGAAAAGUGGUGAUCGAUUUAAAAAAUCUGUGUGGAUUUGAACCUGAUCUUCGGCGCAAAGAGCAGAUGUGCAACUCCUUACGCCACACUCAUCAUUUGCGUUUAUUUAAAUAUUACAAGAAAAAAUUAAUUUUUUAACUUUAAUAUAUUGUCUCAACAUUCAAGAAGGGACAUUGUCGAACCGCGCAAUACCGAACAUCUUAUACAGUAAAAGUGUAUAAAGUGUUUUCGGUGUUAGCUGCAAUAAGAACAACCAUAAUUCGUAGCCAUUCGAGCCACAUGCGUCUUUGAACGCGGUCUAAGAGAAAAUAACUUCCUAAAAAAAUAGUAUUACAAAUAACGACUUAGCCGCCUUAACUUCUCGAUUCGUUCGUUUUUCUACAUAUACAAUAUACAUAUAUGUAUACAAUACAAUUCAACGAGAGAAAUACAAUACAAAAAGGCACCUGGAAAAGCAGGCUAUUCGCGUAAACACGCACAUCCCGAGUCAAGUCUCGGGGCUUCUACGAAGACACUUGUCGCAUCUUUAGGCACAACAUUUCGCUAUAUACUUUCAUGCUGCCUGUCACUGUACACGAAGCGGAUCA